AACAACAAAGGAAAAUUUAAAAACCAAAAAAGAAAAAGAAAAAGAAAAAAAGAAGCAGCGGCCUCUCGUCAGUCUCGGAGAGAGAGAGACGGAAAUGGAGAAGGCCAUCUGCGGAAGAAUUUCUCUUUCGCCCAAUCACGUUUUCAACUCUUCUAAACCAGGUGAUAAGUUCUCUCUCUAUAAAGGACCAUGUGCGAAUCCAGGAAUUCUUAUGGCAAUAUCAGCUGCUGGACCAGGCAAAGGAGGUGGUUUGUUGGAAAGGCCAACCAUUGAGAAAACCUCCCCUGGGCGUGAAUCCGAGUUUGACUUGAGGAAAUCAAGAAAAACAGCUCCCCCAUACCGUGUUUUAUUGCACAAUGACAACUACAACAAACGGGAGUAUGUUGUCCAAGUUCUGAUGAAGGUCAUUCCGGGAAUGACCCUUGAUAAUGCAGUUAAUAUCAUGCAGGAAGCGCACUAUAACGGCCUGGCGGUGGUAAUUAUCUGUGCACAAGCAGAUGCUGAAGAGCAUUGUAUGCAGCUGAGGGGUAACGGUCUUCUAAGUUCCAUUGAACCCGCAAGUGGUGGUGGGUGCUGAAGAUGGAUUUUGUGGACUCGUAUGGGUCUGAUAUCGUCUACUGAUAGUGACGUAAGUGUCAGAGAUUUGCUUAUUUGUACAUAACGUGAUAAAUGUCCAUAUGUGUAUGAAUCUUGCUUAUUAUGUUCAUCUAUUUACAAUGAAAGGAGAUGGACAAUACGGCGUUGAUCAGCGUCAUUCAAUGGAUGUUACUUCAGGGUACAACAGCGAUUAACUUA